GUGCCUACCGGUAUAGUCAUAGUUAUACUAGCGCAUCAGCACCAAAUGCAAGUGUCCCCCGCUGCAAGUUUGCAUGGCCUGGACUCCGGAACACAAAGCCUCCGGCCGCGCAUUGGCGCCAACAGGAUCCGCGCUCGUGUUGUUUCACUGCAGCACAUCGGAAUGCUAACCAGCUUUCAGGCCGGAUCAGGCUCGCUUGCGUGCCAAGCCCCUCGCCGCCUGCCGUCGCCGCCCCAGACUGCAGCGGUCCUGCACCAGCAGUACUGCAGGUCUGCGCAGCUGGCGCUGCCCCCCACCGUGAACUGGCACCUGGAGCCACGCUGCAACUACCACUGCAAGUUCUGCUUCGCCACCUUCUCCGACAUCCCCAGCAGCGAGGUGGUGAAGGACGCCGACCUGCUGCUUGCGGUGCCGCCGCUGCUAGCGGCCGCGGGUGUAAGCAAGAUCACCUUUGUGGGCGGCGAGCCGCUGCUGCACCCGCUGCUACCGGAGCUGCUUGCCGCCGCCAAGGGCGCGGGGCUGGUGACCAGCCUGGUAUCCAACGGCAGCCUGCUGACUGAGGACUGGCUGCGGCGCAUGCAGGGCCACCUGGACUGGAUUGCCUUCUCAGUGGACGCCUCCGAUGACGCCCUGCAUGCCGCCCUGGGCCGCGGCACCACUCGAGAGACCGGCGUCACCAUGCCCCGACACAGCAGCAGCAGCAGCAGCAGCACCAAAAACAGCAGCCAUCGCAAGCCGAGCGGAGAUGGCAGCAGCCGUGGCGGCGCCACGGGCAGUGGAACUGCCACCAGUCCCGCCGUCGGACGCGGAGGCGGAGGUGGUGACGUUGGCGGAGGCGUGGGUACUCGUGGCGGCCACCUGGCGCGUGUGGAGCGACUGUGGGGUGUGGCUCAGGGCCUUGGCUACCGCCUCAAGCUGAACACGGUGGUGACUGCGCCCUGCCUGGGCGACGUGGGCGGCAUGGUGGAGCUGGUGGGCCGGCUGCGGCCGGAGCGGUGGAAGGUGUUCCAGGUGCUGCCCAUCACGGGCCAGACCCAGCCGGAGCACAUCGCGCCGCUGCUCACCACCGAAGCCCAGUUCGCGGACUGGGUGGCGGCAGCGUCUGUCGUACAGGAAUUGUACGGUGUGCCGCUGGUUCCGGAAUCCAACUCCCACAUGCACGGGAGCUACGCGAUGCUGGACGCACGUGGGCGGUUCUACCAGGACGUGAACGGAGAGGGCUAUGAGUAUGGGCCCAGCAUCUUUGACUGUUGGCAGGGGCGCCUGCUGGAAUCCCUGGCCCUGGACUCGCACGCGCACCCGCACCAGCCGCGACUGGCGGCGGCGCCGUCUCACGACGCGGCCGUGGGCACCAGUGCUGAUGACGUGCACGCCGCGGCCAUGGCUGUGCUCAUGGCACGGCCCACUUCAAGCCCAGCGGCGGUGGGCAGCGGCGGCGUAGCCAGGGGCGCCGCUGCUGGUGAUGGUGAUGGCGAUGGUGGCAACAGCAACGGCGCCGGCCCGAAUGCGCGCACACAGAUGCAGAUGGAGGCGGGGCGUGAGGCGGUAAUGGAUGCCUGGGGCGCAGUGGCGGGACCGGCGUUCCGAGCCGAAGCCUUCGCGACGCGCGGUGGCGUGUAUGAGUGGGGGCAGGGCGGGGAGGCGCUGGAGGAGCAGCAGCGUGCCUGGGGUGAGGCGGCCAGCAGCAGCGGUGGGGCGGAGUCGGACAUCUGAAGCCGGGUCCGACACAUGUUUCAAUGUACCGUAUGCGCAGACUUCCUCUUCACGCAUCCACCGCAAAUGCCCGCAGUCUUUGCACCGCCGACUUGGUGUAUUAGCUUUCUGAGGAGUGCGUGGUCACAUUUCUCUACUACUCACAUGCGUCCGAUGUUGGCAGGGUGAGACACAAUGCUUAGGGAGUUGAUGAGCCGUGCCAGCACCCGAGUUCCCAAGCACUAGACACUUGUUGUGUGACAUGCGCUUUCCUUAAUGAUGCAUCGCGGGGAGAGGUGCAGGGGAAGGUUUCUGAGGCAGUGGACGUGUCCGCACCCCACGCUCACAAGGCUGGUGGAUACGAGUACUCAGAACGCGGGGUCCUGUUGUGUUUGUGGUGCUGGGAUAGAAUGCAUAGCCAAAACGUGAUCGCUGGCAAACUAUAGGGGG